AAGAACGAUACUGAAUUACAUACUUUCGAAUGUCAUACAAAUAGGAUUGAACAUGUUCGAAGUGUCGACGCUUGGCCAACCAUUUGAAGUAUUAAAAACUCACCUGGCAGCAAAUCGCAGCGACAGCAUCAUAGAUGCUUUUAAAAAAACGUAUAAACGAGGUGGAAUGCUGGGUUUUUAUCAGGGAUUAAUACCAUGGGCAUGGAUUGAGGCUAGCACAAAGUACUCAUAUUUACCGCAAGUGAGGUUGAAUAUAGGGCAAGAGUCGCAGGCUGGUAUUGUUGGCGGCAUGGCCGGAGGUUUGUCACAAGCAUAUACUACCAUGGGCUUUUGCACCUUUAUGAAAACUGUGGAGGUCACGCGUCACAAAGCUGGGAAAGACAUCUCAACUAUUAAAGUCGCCGCUGAUAUCUGGAAAAGGGAGGGCAUUCGAGGUAUCAAUAAGGGUGUCAAUGCCGUGGCAGUACGGCAGUGCACCAAUUGGGCUAGCAGGUUUGGCUUGACAAGAGCCGGCGAGAUGCUUAUUAGAAGAAUUCGGGACGGUGAGAUACCGGACUAUAGUAAACCAUUGUCCCCGAUACAAAAGAUUAUAGCUAGUGCCAUUGGUGGUGGAUUAUCUUGUUGGAAUCAGCCUAUUGAAGUUAUUCGUGUUGAAAUGCAGUCGCAGAACAAUGGUAUCAAAGGAUUCUAUCGUGGAGUUACUCCCAGAAUUGGUCUUGGAGUUUGGCAAACUGUUUGCAUGGUAUUUGGUGGUGAUGCUGUUAAGGCUAAACUGGCCGCACGACAGCAAGCCAAAAUUUGA